GAAGGCGACAACCCAUUGGAAUCGACUCGACUCUUGCAAGACCUUUGUUUUUCUCUCCUCCCCGCGACACUCACCUACGGAGAACAUCCCUCAUCCUCGUCGCACAAGCCACAAUGAGCUCUCCAUCGAUUCAAAUACAACCUCAGGCCACCAACGGCGCUGAGAGCCUGACACCACGAUCCUCCUCAGAGGCCUCAGCAGCAAUUGCCUCGUUCGACAUUGUUCGCUGUUCCAGAUGUCAACGAUCGCUCAGCCUGGAAAAUGCAUCCUCUCCAGGCGUGGUGCGGUUCGGCAUGAAUUCUUACUACUGCAGCCGCUGCGCUUCCAUGUGGCACUGUUUGCGGACAAUCUGCGAAUCCCGCGAUGACACGACACUCAAGAGAGAAAAAGAGAACACCUUGGAAACGAAGUGACUACUCUAGUCAAGAUCUCGUGGGCGCAAGACCCACGACGCUUUUUCGACAUGCGU